CCAAAGCCUGAUGGAGCAACGCAAGCUUUGGAGGACCAGAUUCUCAAAUCACAAUUCGGACCUGAGGCCCUAUCUGGGAAGAUGGCCAAGAUGCAGAUCUCGAAGGGUUCUGAGGCUCGUCAGGCCGAGUACUUCCCAUGCCGACCGGCCUUCGGUACAAGUGGCCGACCGGUUGUCUUGUGGGCAAACUAUUUUGAGAUGAAGGUUCAACACCAACCCCUUUUCAAAUACCAGCUCGAGGUCAAGCCGGUCGCCCAAAAGGAAAAGAAGCUACAGGCCAAGGACGCAAAGGGACUGAAACUAAUGAACAUCAUCAAGACUGCUCUACAGAAGGUGGGACCUGAUCACCCUUUGGUGACCGAGUUCAAGAACCAAGUCAUCACAUUGCGGUCCCUCACCCUUCCUGACAACAAGACAGUCGUCGUUGACUACACGCUCGAGGGACACGAAGACCAAUACGAGGUUCUCUUCAACGGCCCCAUUGACGUAGAUCUGCCUGCCAUGUUCAGAUACCUGACGACCAUGGACGAUCCAAGCGGAAGUGUUUCGUUUCCCCGACACGAAGAUGUCAUCGACGCGCUCAACGUGAUUAUGGGUCACAGUCCUCGCGGUAACUCUCAAAUAGCGUCGAUCGGCCGCAGUCGCUUUUUUCCCAUUGACCAGCAAACGCGUCAGACGGAGAGUCUUAGUCUGGGCUGGAACGAAGCGAUCAGAGGCUAUUUCCAGUCUGCGCGACCCGCCACUGGGCGUCUCCUCCUCAAUGCCAACGUCAGUCAUGGCGUCUUCCGUCCAGCCGGGCCGGCAAGGAAUCUUUUCACGCCUCCGGCGCUAUACGACAAGAGGACUCUUCAUAAGAACAUGUCGAAGCUUCGGGCUCGCGUGACCUAUUAUGAUGAUACAGGCAACGCCAAGCGAGUGGUGGUGAAGAUGCUCCAGGGCCUGGCGAUUCCUUACUUGGCUGAAGGCAAAGAGGCGAACCCCCCAAAGGUCACGGAGAUUGGCGCGACCGCGGGCAAGGUUCAAUUCUACUUGACUGGACCGACAGGCUCCAACAAACUCACUGCCAACAAGUACUACACUAGGCCAGUAUAUAUGCCUGCGGAAGCCGUGGAGAUCAUUCCUGGUCAGCCAUUGCAGCGCAAGCUCAAUGCCCGGGAGACGCCGACUUUGAUCAACUUCGCCUGCCGGUCGCCAGUCGCGAACGCGACUUCUAUCACCACUUUCGGUCGGAAAUGUUUUCAGCUGGACGGUAAUGAGAAACUGUCUGAGUUUGGUGUCAAAAUCGAGAAAGACCUUCUCACCAUCAACGGCCGGGAACUGAAGAACCCGGCCAUCCGGUACAAGAACCAUAAGGAUGCCUUCCCGAGAGAGGGAUCUUGGAAUAUGAAACGCGUGAACGUCCUCAAGCCGGGCGGCAAGAUCGACUGGUGGACUUUCGUCCACGUUGACCCGCAUCCGCGCGGCGACGACAAAACUGCAGUCACUCAUAUCAUGAAUGGCGAGUUCACAAAGGUGCUCACGAACAUGGGCAUUCCUAUUGCGGAGAAACCCAUGCACCCUCAGGGCCUUGUCGUUGACACUCGGUCAAAACAUCCUGUUGUCGCCGUCAGAGCUGUUUUUGACCAGGUCAAGGAAAGCAAGGGCGCCAAAGGCGCGCAGUAUGUUUUCGUGAUCCUUGCGCAAAACGAUCCAGACAUAUAUGCCGCUGUGAAGACCCUCGGGGACACCGAGUUUGGCAUCCACACGACUUGCAUGGUUCGCAAACAUUUCCUAAAAGGAAAACCGAUGGACCAGUACUUUGCAAAUGUCGGUCUCAAGAUCAACUUGAAGAUGGGUGGUAACAAUCACCAAAUAAAAAACGACAUUGCCAUUAUCCGCGAGGGCAAGACUAUGGUGGUGGGCUAUGAUGUCACUCACCCGCCCCCGGGUUCGAAUGCGCCCAGUCUCGUGGGUCUCGUGGCCAGUGUCGACAAGGAGCUCUCGCAGUGGCCGGCUGCGGCAUGGGCACAAGACAGUCGUGUCGAGAUACUCGAUCAGACCUUGCAGGCCAAGUUUGGCGAACGGCUUGUGCUCUGGCAGAACAAAAACCAGGGCAGGCUGCCUGAGAACAUCAUCAUCUUUCGUGAUGGCGUGUCUGAGGGACAGUUCAAGCAGGUAUUAGACAAGGAGCUGCCGCUGAUCCGCGAGGCGUGCCGUGGCAAGUAUCCUGCCAAUAGCACAGGGCCCAAGAUCACCGUUGUAGUAUCUGUCAAACGGCACCAGACGAGAUUCUUCCCAACCCACUCGCAGCACAUGACCAAGUCCCACAAUGUCGCCACGGGUACUGUUGUUGAUCGUGGCGUGACUCAGGCCAAGAUCUGGGACUUCUUCCUUGUUGCCCAUGCUGCAUUGCAAGGAACCGCUCGGCCAGCACACUACACCGUCCUUUUAGACGAAGUCUUCCGCUCAACCCUUGGCCAGGGCAUUGCCGCAGCAAACGGCAUUCAAGAAUUGACUCACGAGAUGUGUUACAUGUUUGGUCGCGCCACCAAGGCCGUGAGCAUCUGCCCGCCAGCAUAUUAUGCCGAUAUUGUCUGCACGCGACAGCGUGCGUACAUGCCGGACCUGUUCUCCGACACGAGCGACACCGCAUCUGUUGGAGGAGCUUCCUCGACGAGCCGUGGUGGAUUUGGUAACGACAUUUCCAAGACGGUGCACCCGAACUUGAAGAAUUCCAUGUACUACAUCUGAGGCGCAAAUCUUGCCCUUUCGUCUGAAGACAGGCAAUGUUUCAAGAUCAGAGAUUCUGUUUGUGCCGAACGGGCCCCAAGCCGCGUCAUAGUUCACGAUGUGCUUGAUUGAAGACGGGAUUAGGUCAUCCACUACAGUUGAGACGAUGCCAACAGAUGGAUGCCAUGUAUGUCAAAGUUACGAGCCAUGCGAAGU